AUGUCUUCGAAGCAAUCAGGACGGCAUGAUCUCGACGACGCCAAAUUGGGCGAAUACCUCCAACAGCACAUUCCGGAGUUCAAGCUUCCUAUCAAAUCAACAAAGAUUGGAUAUGGCCAGAGUAAUCCAACUUACUUUGUAGACGAUGCCAACAAGACUCGAUACAUCCUGAGAAAGAAGCCAUCCGGAACGAUCAUAUCUCCAGUUGCUCAUCGGGUCGACCGAGAGUAUAAGGUGCUCAAAGCACUUGGCAAAGUUGAAGGCUUCCCUGUACCAAAAGUAUACUGUCUUUGCAUGGACUCGACAGUGAUUGGGACAGCAUUUUAUGUAAUGGAGUUCGUUAAAGGCCGCAUCAUCACCGACCCCAAUCUCUCAACCCUACCCCCCACUCAAAGACGGUCAGCUUGGUUCUCCCUAAUCUCAACACUUGCGUGGCUACACUCCAUUGACCCCGACUCAAUCGGGCUGUCCAACUUCGGCAAGAAAAAAGACUUCUAUACACGCCACUGUAACACCUUCUCGCGCAUCGAAGCGCAGCAAGCCAAAGUCAAAGACAUAAAAACCGGCGCCGAGCUCGGCCGUGCACAUCCAAACUUCGACGAGAUCGUUGACUAUAUCCGCAAAAACGUGCCUUCGGGUCGCACAAGCAUCGUCCACGGCGACUACAAGUUCGACAAUGUGAUCUUGCAUCCCACGGAGCCGAGGGUCAUUGCUCUUCUGGACUGGGAGCUGAGUACGCUGGGAAACCCGAUGAUGGAUGUGUGCUAUGCGUGUGGUCCGUACUGGAAUCGCGCGCGGAAGGGCGGCGCGUUGAGAGAUGAUCAGGGCGGUGAGGUGUAUUUGCCGGAGAAUCAGAGGAGGAAUGGGAUGCCGAGUAUGGAGGAGCUGGUCUAUGAGUAUGCGAAGAUUACUGGAUGGGAUCCGAGGCAGGACCAGUGGGAGGUUGCGAAGGUGUUCCAUUUGAUGAAGGGAAGCACGAUCAGUCAUGGAAUCCAGGCAAGGACGAUGAGUGGGCAGGCGAGCAGUGAAUUCUCACACAUCUACUUUGAGAACACGAAGAGAGGGUUGGACACGGCACUUGCACUGGUUAGGUCAUUGAAGGAGAGAGAGACUUCGAAGAGCAGCUUGUGAUAAUGCCGACGAGUGGCGACUUCGGUUGUAAAUAAGUGUGAAAUAGAACAAUAGGGUGUUUCAAUCUUAUACAAAGGAAAAUUCCAUCAUACGCAUAUCACAGCUGGCUUCAGCUUG